GUGCUUGCGACGAGUUUGCUUGGACCUCUCUGUAAUGCAUACAUCUCAUAACGUUUGCUCUAUUCUGCGCAAAACAUUGCGCACAAGGUCAAAUAGAAGGAAGGACUGUUUUGUAAAGAUUUUGAUGCAUGAGUUGUUUGCUCAUCAGAUUUCUUACCUGCACUAUCCAGAGGAAACAAUCAUACUUGUAUGCAAGAUAUUUUUCAACAUCACACUCAGACAACAUGUUACAGUUCCCAGCAGCAGAAAGAAAUAAAGAGCACAUGUUGAAUGUUCUGAAGGACCAUUUGCCAGCUAAUAAAGAGGGGCAGGCCCUGGAGAUUGCCUCAGGUUGUGGGGCUCAUGUUGCCCUGUUUGCACAAAAUUUUCCUCUAAUAAAAUGGCAACCCAGUGAGAUUGAUCAAAGAUGUUUAGAAAGUAUUUCAGCAUAUAAGGAACAUUAUGGCCUACAGAACAUAAAUGAACCUAUACCAAUAGAUGUAACCUCUCCUGUUCAGUCCUGGAAUGAGGGAAAAUUCCAGGCUGCUUCAUUUGAUGCUGUGGUCAAUAUGAACAUGAUUCACAUUUCACCCUGGGAUACAGCAAUAGGAUUAUUUAAAGGCUGUGGAAGCCUCCUGAAGAGUGGAGGUUUGCUAUUUUUAUAUGGGCCAUUUGCAGUUCAUGGUAAACUGAUUCCAGAGAGCAAUGUUUCAUUUGAUGCUUCCCUCAGACAAAGGGACAGUAGCUGGGGUGUCAGAGAUGUUGAUGAUGUAGAAAAGCUUGCAAUUCAGAAUGGAAUGGCUCUCAUGAAAACAGUUGAUAUGCCAGCAAAUAAUAAAACCUUGAUCUUCAAGAAAUCCUAGAUAUACAUGUAAAUACCUUGCAAACUUGACAAGCUGUUCAUUUUAUCUAAAGGAUCCUUUAUUUACCUGUACCAAUAUUAAGUAUCUGCAAAAUUUUUUGGUAUAUGUACACAUAUGUCAUUUUAUAAGAAACCAUAUUACAUAUAUAUUUGUUUAACUUGGUAGAAUUUUUUUAUUAUAUAGCUCAACAAAUGAUGUAAUACAUGUAAUAUCAUAGAUGUUGAUUUACAAUUAUUAUGAAACCCAAAUCUGUGACAAAGAAGAAAAAAUCAUUUUCACAUUGUACUUUUUAGUUUACAACAAUCAACUUCAAGCAUGUUUUCAAUGCUACAACACAAAAUUCUUAAGUAUCCAAUAAAUGUUGUCUAUA